AUGGAGCGAGCCCUGGGGGUUAGGUGGCUCCUGGAAGGUGAUCAUCUCGCCAUCAAGGUGCAACCAAACUCAAGGCCAGCGACCAGGAGAGGAGUACUAAGUCUGGUCACUUCUAUUUAUGACCCACUGGGGUUCGUGGCCCCAUUCAUCGUCAGGGCUAAAAUAUUAUUUCAGUGUGAAUGCAGGCAUCGAUUAGGGUGGGACGAACCUUUGUCGGCUGUUAAUCACACGACCUGGAGCACCUGGCUAGGAGAACUGGCCCACCUAGAGAAAUUAAGUGAGCCCAGAUGCCUGAAAACAGCAUGUGCUAAAGAAAUCAUCUCAGCACAGUUGCACACAUUCUGCGAUGCAUCGCAGGCUGCUUACAGUGCGGUGACCUAUCUGAGAAUGGUAGACUCUGGCGGAAGUAUCCAGUGCUCUUUCGUGUACGAACGGGCCAAGCUGGCCCCACUCAAGCAACUGACAAUACCGAGGCUGGAACUUUGUGCAGCUGUCCUGGCAGUGAAUGCUGAUCGAACGAUUCGCCGAGAAAUGACCAUGACCAUACAUGAAUCUUAUUUUUGGACGGAUAGCAUGCUAGUCUUGCAGUAUAUCACCAAUUCAAGCAGACAAUUUCAAACGUUUGUAGCCAACAGGAUAGCAGUCAUACAAGAGCUGUCAAGAACUGACCAGUGGAGACAUGUCGGCACAUCGCUGAACCCAGCAGAUGAUGCAACUAGGGGAUUACCUGUCCUGGACCUGGUUGCAGGAUCUCGGUGGAUGCGAGGUCCUGACUUUCUAUUCAGUGUUGAAGAAUGGUGGCCAAAGGGAAAGGAACUGCCAGCAGUUCUGAACGACUGUAGUUGCUCUGGCAGUGAGCGAGCAGUCAAAGUGGUCCCUCGCCAAACUGUGGCUCAGGUACUCAUCAUGGUACCGCUUGGUGAAAGGGGUGGCAUGGAUUAA